AUGAGUCUGGAACCCACGCAAACGGUCUCCGGCACGCCGCCGAUGUUGCAUCAAAGAACCCAUAAACAAGUAUACCCGUUGCGGAUGGAAACUAUCCCAAUAUUGGAAUCAGACUCCAAAGCUACUCUACAAAGUAGUGAGCCCACCCAGAAAGAUGAAGAAGAAACCGAGUAUUUUGAAAAUAAACAAUCCGUAUCGAAUCUGAGUCCCGAUUUGAAGUUCAAAAGACACAAGAAUAAACAUAUCCAGGGGUUCCCUACUCUGGGUGAAAGGCUCGAUAACUUGCAAGAUAUCAAAAAGGCCAAGAGGGUAGAAAAUUUCAAUUCCUCUGCACCAAUUGGUGACGACAAUCAUAUUGGGGAUGCGACAACGAAUGUUAAUGCAAGUGCGAUGCCCGCUCCGUAUAUGCCUUAUUACUAUUACUACCAUCCGAUGAAUGCUCCUACUCCUGCAAUGAUACCGUAUCCCGGAUCACCAAUGCAUUCUAUGAUGCCCAAUUCCUCAUUGCAGCCCUUUUAUUCACAGCCCACCGCUGCCGGUGGUCCCGAUAUGACCACUCCUCAGAAUUUAUCUUCAUCACAACAAUUGCUGCCAGCCCCGCAGUUGUUUCCGUACGGAUCAUUCCAUCAACAACAACUGCAACAACCACACUACAUUCAACGAACAAGAGAAAGGAAAAAAUCAAUCGGAAGUCAAAGAGGUAGAAGAUUGUCUAUGCUAGCAUCUCAGGCAAACGGUGGAAGCACUAUUAUAUCCCCACACAAGGAUAUUCCUGAAGAGGAUUUUUACACCGUAGUUGGAAAUGCGUCUUCCUUUGGUAAGAAUUUACAAAUACGACAGCUUUUCAAUUGGUGUUUGAUGAGAUCUCUGCAUAAACUGGAGUUGAAGACUAAAAGCCAAGAGGAAGAAAGAGAGCUUGAACAUCCGGCGAAAAAAUCCAAGCCUGAACCAACAAGGGCGGAAACUGAUUAUGUGGAUCCCAAACGUCUGGCUAUGGUCAUAAUAAAAGAGUUUGUCGAUGAUCUCAAAAGAGAUCAUAUUGCGAUAGAUUGGGAGGAUGAGGAAAAAUAUGAAAAUGGAGAUGAGGAGAAGACGCUGGAUAAUACCGAAAAUUACGAUGAUACGGAACUGCGACAACUGUUCCAAGAAAAUGACGACGACGACGACGACGACGAAGUGGACUACUCGGAGAUACAAAGGUCCAGCCGUAAAUUCAGUGAAAGGAGAAAGGCGGUGCCGAAAGAACCAAAAAAACUACUGCCUAAUGGCAAGAACGUGGAAAACACUAAGAAUCUUAGCAUUUUAACGAAUAAGGUGAACGCGAUCAAAAAUGAAGUCAAAGAAUGGGCAAUCACUUUAGAUACUUCAAGACCAGAUCUUGAAUGGCAAGAAUUGACAUCGUUGUCAUCACAACCGCUUGAACCAUUGUCGGAUACAGAAGAGCCAGACCAUGUGAUUGCAGAUGUUGAGGCAAAAUUAGAAACAAAAGUCGAUGAGUUAAGGUACCAGUCGCAUAUAUUGAACUCACACUCAUUAGCUUUGAACGAAAUAACGAACUCGAAACUGAAUAAAUUGAACAUAGAAACAAUGAGGAAGAUCUCUAACGAAACGGACGAUGUCCAUUCACAAGUCAUUAAACCUCAACAACUAUUGAAGGGGUUAAGUUUAUCUUUUAGUAAAAAACUGGAUUUAUGA